CCCUCCCCCGGCGCCCGCGCGCCAGGCCCGGGCGGCGCCGACGCGCUUGGCGGGAGAUAGAAAAGUGCUUCAACCCGCGCCGGCGGCGACUGCAGUUCCUGCGAGCGGGGAGCGCGGGACCUGCUGGCACGCUGACGCCUUCGAGCGCGGCCCGGGGCCCGGAGCGGCCGGAGCAGCCCGCGUCCUGACCCCGGCCCGGCUCCCGCUCCGGGCUCUGCCGGCGGGCAGGCGAGCGCGGCGCGGUCCGGGCCGGGGGGAUGUCUCGGCGGACGCGCUGCGAGGAUCUGGAUGAGCUGCACUACCAGGACACAGAUUCAGAUGUGCCGGAGCAGAGGGAUAGCAAGUGCAAGGUCAAAUGGACCCAUGAGGAGGACGAGCAGCUGAGGGCCCUGGUGAGGCAGUUUGGACAGCAGGACUGGAAGUUCCUGGCCAGCCACUUCCCUAACCGCACUGACCAGCAAUGCCAGUACAGGUGGCUGAGAGUUUUGAAUCCAGACCUUGUCAAGGGGCCAUGGACCAAGGAAGAAGACCAAAAGGUCAUCGAGCUGGUUAAGAAGUACGGCACAAAGCAGUGGACACUGAUUGCCAAGCACCUGAAGGGCCGGCUGGGGAAGCAGUGCCGUGAACGCUGGCACAACCACCUCAACCCUGAGGUGAAGAAGUCUUGCUGGACCGAGGAGGAGGACCGCAUCAUCUGCGAGGCCCACAAGGUGCUGGGCAACCGCUGGGCUGAGAUCGCCAAGAUGUUGCCAGGGAGGACAGACAAUGCUGUGAAGAAUCACUGGAACUCUACCAUCAAAAGGAAGGUGGACACAGGAGGCUUCCUGAGUGAGUCCAAAGACUGCAAGCCCCCGGUGUACUUGCUGCUGGAGCUCGAGGACAAGGACGGCCUCCAGAGUGCCCAGCCCACGGAAGGCCAGGGAAGUCUUCUGACCAACUGGCCCUCCGUCCCUCCUACCAUAAAGGAGGAGGAAAGCAGUGAGGAGGAACCUGCAGCAGGCACCACAUCAAAGGAGCAGGAGCCCAUCCCUACAGAUCUGGACGCAGUGCGAACGCCAGAGCCGUUGGAGGAAUUCCCGAAGCGUGAGGACCAGGAAGGCUCCCCACCAGAAACGAGCCUGCCUUACAAGUGGGUGGUGGAGGCAGCUAACCUCCUCAUCCCUGCUGUGGGUUCUAGCCUCUCUGAAGCCCUGGACUUGAUCGAGUCGGACCCCGAUGCUUGGUGUGACCUGAGUAAAUUUGACCUCCCUGAGGAACCAUCUGCAGAGGACAGUAUCAACAACAGCCUAGUGCAGCUGCAAGCGUCACAUCAGCAGCAGGUCCUGCCACCCCGCCAGCCUGCUACCCCGGUGCCCAGUGUGACCGAGUACCGCCUGGAUGGCCACACCAUCUCAGACCUGAGCCGCAGCAGCCGGGGCGAGCUGAUCCCCAUUUCCCCCAGCACUGAAGUCGGGGGCUCUGGCAUUGGCACGCCACCCUCGGUGCUCAAGCGGCAGAGGAAGAGGCGUGUGGCUCUGUCCCCUGUCACUGAGAAUAGCACCAGUCUGUCCUUCCUGGAUUCCUGUAACAGCCUCACGCCCAAGAGCACACCUGUUAAGACCCUGCCCUUCUCGCCCUCCCAGUUUCUGAACUUCUGGAACAAACAGGACACGUUGGAGCUGGAGAGCCCCUCGCUGACAUCCACCCCAGUGUGCAGCCAGAAGGUGGUGGUCACCACACCACUGCACCGGGACAAGACACCCCUGCACCAGAAACAUGCUGCGUUUGUAACCCCAGAUCAGAAGUACUCCAUGGACAACACUCCCCACACGCCAACCCCGUUCAAGAACGCCCUGGAGAAGUACGGACCCCUGAAGCCCCUGCCCGAGUAUGGUGCCUUACGUGGGCUGCCCCAUGCCUACCCACAGCCGCAGACCCCGCAUCUGGAGGAGGACUUAAAGGAGGUGCUGCGCUCUGAGGCUGGCAUCGAACUCAUCAUCGAGGACGACGUCAGGCCUGAGAAGCAGAAGAGGAAGCCUGGGCUGCGGCGGAGCCCCAUCAAGAAAGUCCGGAAGUCUCUGGCUCUUGACAUUGUGGAUGAGGAUGUGAAGCUGAUGAUGUCCACACUGCCCAAGUCUCUGUCCUUGCCGACAACUGCCCCUUCAAACUCUUCCAGCCUCACCCUGUCAGGUGUCAAAGAAGACAACAGCCUGCUCAACCAGGGCUUCUUGCAGGCCAAGCCUGAGAAGGCAGCAGUGGCCCAGAAGCCCCGAAGCCACUUCACGACACCUGCCCCCGAUCACCAGGGUCUGUUGGGAACACAUAGUCCCUGCCUGGAUGGCAACCCUCUUGCCUCCUCCCAGAUGUCCAGUGCCUGGAAGACGGUGGCCUGCGGGGGGACCAGGGACCAGCUCUUCAUGCAGGAGAAAGCCCGGCAGCUCCUGGGCCGCCUGAAGCCCAGCCACACAUCUCGGACCCUCAUCUUGUCCUGAGGUGCUGGGGUGUCACGAGCCCAUUCUCAUGUUUACAGGGGUUGUGGGGGCGGAGGGGGUCUAUGAAUCUGAGAGUCAUUCAGGUGACCUCCUGCAGGGAGCCUUCUGCCACCAGCCCCUCCCCAGACUCUCAGGUGGAGGCAACAGGGCCAUGCUCUGCCCUGUCGCCGAGCCCAGCUGUGGGCAGCUCCUGGUGCUAACAACAAAGUUCCACUCCCAGGUCUGCCUGGUUCCCUCCCCAAGGCCACAGGGAGCUCAGUCAGCUUCUCCCAAGCCCAGGUCAGGCCUGGCCUCAUCUCAGACCCUGCUUAGGAUGGGGGACGUGGCCAGGGGUGCUCCUGUGCUCACCCUGUCUUGGUGCAUUUUUUUUUGGAAGAAUAAAAUUGCCUCUGUCUUUGU